CAUCAGGCCGUGAACUAUGCAGAUGAACCAGCUUGGUGUGCUUUCCUUAGUUCAUUCGUUCGAAUGCACUGGCCUGGAUUACGAAAUGAAGGGCACAAAGCAUAGUUCAGAUUUGCACACACGGAACCGGCUGAACAGCCACGCUGACUGCGGCGCGUCAUUCCGGAUUUUGUACUCACAUGUCCGGCUGUAAGCCAAACCACUGUAGGUAGGAUAAAUACUUGACAGUCACGUCUAGCAGUGUUUUCGUUGUCAAGAGAUAGUCGCAACCCUUCCCUCUUCACUCUGAUUAUUCACAUCUCAUUAUCUGCCCGCAAUGUCGUCCAUCGUGAAAGAGAUUGCCCUCGUCACCGGGGCGAACAGCGGUAUAGGCUUCGAGAUCGCUCACCAACUUCUCCUGAGGGGGAAAUACCAUGUUCUUCUCGGCUCUCGCUCUACCACCAAAGGGUCUGCCGCCCUAGAAGACCUGCAAGCACGCAAGCUAUCGGGUAGCAUCGAGCUCGUGCAUCUCGACAUGCAGAACGACGACCACAUUGAGCAGACCACGAAGCUUAUCGAAGAGAAGCACGGCAGGCUUGACAUUCUGUUCAAUAAUGCCGCAGUCGCCUUACCGGAAGGUUUGACGGAGCGUGAACGCUUGGCUACAGCUUUCGACGUAAAUGCAACCGGGCCAUGGCUUCUUGCGAACGCGGUCGUUCCGUUGCUCAAAAAAAGUGCGAACCCGCGAAUUAUCAACAUAUCCUCUGGUGCAGGGUCGAUCGGUCGCCGUCUCGCCUCAGAAAGUCCAAUGUACAAGAUCCAGGCCGUUCCGUAUCGCGCUAGCAAGGUCGCUUUCAAUAUGCUUAGUGCGUGCCUAUAUGUGGAGUACGGACUGGGAAUCGAGCAGGUGGACUUUACGGGUAUCAAGAAGAACGACGUCGAGGCCAAAAACGAGGAAAACAGUCCGAAAAUGAAGGUCUUUUGCUACGACCCUGGUUUUACGGCCUCUAACCUGGGCCCGCACAAUAAAGAAGAGUUUGGUGCGAGGAGUGCACAGGAGACGGUGAAGAGUAUCAUGGAACUUGUCGACGGGAAAAGAGACGAAGAGUGUGGCAAAUUUAUCCAUAAUACCGGAGGAUACCCAUGGUAGGUCGAGUUUGGUUUCAUGUACCGGAGAUGACCAAGUGUGGGUACAAUUUGAUAAUGCUUCCGUCGCAAAGAGUCCUUAAGCGUCGGGCCUAGCAACGGAAGAGUACUCUUCCACCCUUACGUCUUGGCAAAUCAGCAAGCUUUUGGAGCGCAAGGCUUGGGCAAUUGGUUUAUCCAUCUCCUACCAGUUUUUGCUUAGUGUUUAGCUUCGGGUGCGUAAUGUAUGGACAGAGGUCCACUACGCCCAUGGCUUUAGUGUAUGCAUGCUUAUAUUUGCAUGUACCUGCAAGC